ACCGCCAAAAUGGGCAUCUAUUCGUCAUUUAGGAAGACGUCCGGGGUACGUUUCCUUUUAUACCCGGUUCUAUAAAGUAAUGACUCGGUCAUUAUUUCAAGUAGCGGAGUGGAGUUGUAUUCGCUGUUAAAAACGCUCCUGCGUUAUUUUUUAGGGUUCGGGUUCUGGUUCUGCGAUUUUCUAGGGUUUUGGUGUAGCGCCGUCACAGUCUCUGCAAGAUGAGUCGUCAUCCUGAGGUUAAGUGGGCACAGAGGUUGGACAAAGUUUACAUCACGGUGUCACUGCCUGAUGCCAAAAAUGUGAAGACAAAUCUUGACCCUGAGGGGAUUUUUACAUUCUCUGCUAAUGCUGGGACGGAUGGUAACCCUUACGAACUCAAGCUUGAUCUUUUUGGAAAAGUAAAUGCAGAGGAGAGCAAGAUAAAUGUUGGUGUAAGGAACAUAUUCUGCAUUGUGGAGAAAGCCGAGGAGGGCUGGUGGAAGAAGCUAUUACGUGGUGAUGAGAAGACACCACACUACCUCAAAGUUGAUUGGGACAAAUGGGUAGAUGAAGAUGAAGAUGACACUGCUGUUGCUCCUGAUAUGGACUUUGGAGGGAUGGAUUUCUCGAAAUUUGGUGGUAUGGGAGGCAUGGGUGGUAUGGAAGGCUUAGGUGGUAUGGGAGGCUUGGGUGGUAUGGAAGGCUUAGGUGGUAUGGGAGGCUUGGGUGGUAUGGAAGGCUUAGGUGGAAUGGGAGGCUUGGGUGAAAUGGGAGGCUUGGGUGGUAUGGGUGGAGGCAUGGGUGACGAGCUUGAUGAUAGCGAUGAUGAAGAAGAGCAAGAACAAGGUGCUCAAAAGACUGAAACAGCUGCUCCAGGUGCGAAAGUGGUGACAGAAGGAGCUGCUCCGAGCACAUGAAAGAGCAAUUGGUUAAACAGCUGAAUGCAUCUCUGACGUGGCCCUUUCUAACUCAAUAUCGUGUUCCCCUGCUUUACUCUUGUUUUUUUGCUUCCACUUUAACUAGCUAUUGGUAUUUGGUAAUCUUCUUGCGUUUAUUGAAUUUUGGGCCUCUUUCAAUGUAAUCUUAUGAUAUGCCUGUUGACUUGUGUGCUUAUAUAGUGAUCAUCCAAACAUCCAUUAUGUGUGGGUUAAUGGAUGGUUUCAUGAUUCUUUAA